AUGUCCCAGCAUGAUGGGAUCCAUAUGGCAUUGGCACCUUUCAGGAUGCUCUGCAUGUCCACUUCUUCCAGUUUCUGCCAUGACUACGACAAAAAUGGCAUGCCAAAACAUGUUGCAUGGGGAAUCCGGGUGUUGCAGUGGUUUGAUGCCCUUGAUCUGCCUAUUGUUGUUCAGAUCGUCCUGCUGGGAUCUGCGUGGUUGUUUUUUGGUUUCUUCAUGGUGGUGGAAGCUCUACUCAUUGGAAGCAUUUACACCCCCAUCGUGGCCCUCGUCUCUCUUUUGGGGCUUAUUGUCGUCAAAUCCCUUGGCAUUCGGGUUUCCACCAGAUCCAAGAAAACAGUCUGA